AUAUCUUCGGAUCACUGCCGGAAACUCGUCGGAAAAUGUUCGGAAAGUUUCGAAAAUUGCAAAAAUGUUCAUAUUCUUGAGCCUAUAUACGAGUCAAUUGCUAAAGACAUUGAACUGAAGAUAGCGUUUUGAACGGCAAAUGUCAUGGAUCGUAGAAGUCUUACAGACCCGUCAACCCCAUUUUUACACCAAUAUGAUUUUCUAAAAUUGUUCUCAUCCUCGCAAAUGAUCGGUAAUACUCUGGUGAUUUACAUCUUGUUUACAGUAAACCACAUGCGUAGUUCAACAAACACUCUUAUCGCCAACGUGGCCUUUGCUGAUCUUCUUAUGACCAUAGAUACAUGAUCAAAUAGUACUACGUGCUAAAUAAAUGGUUUAGCACGUUCAUGGGCACUGUGUUAUGCAAGUUCUUGCACUCUUUACAGAUAGGAUCCCUUGCAGCCUCAGUGUUCAGUCUGGUGGUGAUUUCCCUUGAUCGCAGUUUUGCCAUCCUAUUUCCAAUGAAAAAAAUAAUGACUCGAAACGUUGUUCGUUUCACGAUCGCCAUGACGUGGCUAGAUGCGCUGGCGUUAAUGCUUCCAGUUAUGAUAGCUACCAAGAAUAAACAGUGGGAGGGAGGGGAUGGUAUGAUUUGCGACGAGUUUUGGAAGCCGAUGUCAACGAAAGUCUACGUUACAGUUGUUUUCGUUACUUCUUACAUCGUUCCACUGAUAAUCAUUGCUCUAGUCUACUGCCUGGCUGGGUUACGUCUUUACCGCAGAAAACUAUCUGGACAUCAAAAUCAGACAGCACACAAUAAAAUCCAAGUCUCGAGCAGACGAGCGACUGCAAUGUUGAUCACAGUGACUGUCAUUCUAGCUCUGUCGUGGCUCCCUCUACAAGCCCUGGAGAGGAUAAAAGUUUACAAGCCAAGCAUUUCGCAUUUCCCCUGGUUUGGUUACUGUAAUAGCGCUAUUAAUCUAGUUCUUUAUGGGAUAUAUUCUCGGGAAAUUAUCGCCGCGAGUUUUAUCGGAUUCUAUGCAGAGGGGCAAGCUGGCAAGACAGCAAGAGGGCGCCUGUUUUAAAUGAUUGUAGCUCGCGCCAAGCAGGGCAUCGAGUCCAAGGAGAAGCAAGUAAUUUUGAGUGCGAGACUCGUCUUUAGCCAGAUUGUGAAACAGACAGACAGUCAGACAGAUAGACAAGGAUCGAUUUCAACACCGAUGAUUAGCAAGAAAGCCGUCCUUAAAAAAAGUACACUUGACAAAAAUAAAACUACAGAUAUCACAAAAUUAUUAGCGGAGCUCCG